AUGGCCCAUUCUUCAGAAGCGGUUCGGCUUGUCGCGAAGCUCCUCUAUGGGGUCAUAAACAGCUACUGCGUAGUGGCCGCAAGCGCCCUCGUCAUCUAUGAACACUUCCUUCUCCUCCCACAAGAGGUCGCCUACUUCUGGUGGACGCCACUUACCGGGGCCACUGCGCUCUUCUUCGCCAGCCGCUACAUCACCCUCGUCCACGCCUUCUACACUCUGGUCACGCGUUUUACGCCCAGCACAACCGCAAGGUACGCCGUACACACCGGCAAUGCCCUCGACUAUCUGAGGUACUUCAUAUGGGCAGCAUUCUCGUCGCUGCGCGCACUCGCGCUCAUGCGCCUCAGACCCUCGUACAACCUGUGGAUGGGGCGCACGGUGGCUGGGCUUAUCUUUCUGUUGUCGAUGGUACCGUUUGGCAUCGGUUUUUCUGGCUAUUCAUUCACGGAACCCGCAGAAGUCACCCCGGGACACUGUUCUGCGGCUAUCACGUGGAGCGCGGAAUUGUCAAAGCAACGUGCGUAUCUUUACUACUCUAACAUGCGGUAUUCGAUAAAGGCUGACACUGAGCUCAUUCCCCUACCAGGACUGUACUGCUUCGCAGCGAUGUGCGCUUUGAACAUACUGCACGUCGUGCUCACAGUGCUCGCGUUCACCGAUCCCGCCAGCGGUCACAGCUACGUGACGGUGUUCACCCAACCGAUGACCUCGAUCUUCGUCUCCCGCUUCCUCGUCCGUCUGCAGCGCGCGAACCUCAAGGCGGCGCAAGACGGCGUGCUCUCGUACUCGGACGAGAGCGAGCCGUCGACGGUGCGCUUCGAGCGCACGAUGGGCUCGCUGUGCUACACCUCCGUCAGCUACGACCACCGGCCAGAAGACGUCCGCGCAAGCGAGGGGGACCACGAGAUGCUCGAGUACGAGUACGAGGAUCGCAUACGGACAAAAGACGGCACUCGUGACUCGUGA